AUGUCGAAUGCACGUCACGAAGAGGAGAACGAGCAGUUCACUGACACAAGCUCAGAUUUCUCUGAAUACUGGAUCGAUUUGUUUCUUGGCAUAAAGGGGAAUGAAUAUUUUUGCGACAUAGAUGAUGACUAUAUUCGAGACCGCUUUAACUUAACUGGUUUGAACCAGGAAGUUAGCAAAAUGGCUACGUUGGUGGACAUCAUAACAGAUAUGGUUGAUAUCGAGCUGCAGGCAGAAGAACACCGCAUUGCAUUAGAGCAUAAUGCCCGUAUAUUAUACGGAUUAAUUCAUGCUAGAUACAUCUUGACACACAAGGGCUUGAGUAAAAUGUUCGAAAAGUACAAGAAUGGUGAUUUUGGUUACUGCCCCAGAGUCCAUUGCCAGUUACACCCAUUGCUACCAGUGGGUUUGAGUGAUCAGCCUCGAAUCAACUCUGUCAAACUAUAUUGCGCUAAAUGCGAGGACUUGUAUAACCCAAAGUCAGGCAGGCAUGCUGUUGUGGAUGGAGCGUACUUUGGUACCUCAUUUCCAGCAAUGUUCUUCCAAAACUUCCCCCAAGCUAUUCCAGUUCACAACAGAGAGACAUAUGUUCCAAGGGUAUUCGGGUUCAAAAUUCAUGAGUAUUCUAAAUUAGAAAGAUGGAGAAAUUUACAAAGGCAAAAGCUUGAAAAGAGACUCACGAACUACGGCAUCAACAUCAAUAACACAAGCGGUGGCUUCAUCGUUGAGGGGUCCAAGGAGCCUUAA